UUACGCCGGGCUGUCACAUAACAUAAUGCCAGAUUAAUAUUGUUAUGGACAAAAUAUAUAAAAUAAUUUUAUUUGAUUUUCUAUAUUUAAUUAAAAUAAUUUAAUACGCAUUGUAUUAAUUAUUAUUUGUUUGUUGUGGUUUUAUAUGUUUUCAGUACUUAGAAACCGAAAAUUUGAAAACAAAUACUUCUCUAUUUCCAUUUAAGAGUUUCCUCUUGUCGGUGCAACUAAUUCAUGCAUCUUCUUGCAGCCAGCUCUAUCCCAGGCCAUAUCCUUGACCUACCUAUACGUUAUGACACCUAGUGUUUCCUUUAUCUGUCCCAUGUACUUAUUUUUCAGUCUUCCACUUCCUCUUUUACCCUCUACUUUUACCUACCUACAUAUUUAAAUUCUAAUUCUCUCAAACGCUCUUUCAUAAUUGAAAAUAAAAAUAGUUGGAAUAGUGUGAAGUACAAUAUUUGUAAUUUUAAAUAAGACAAACAAACUUCCUACAAAAUUGAUCAUGGCACAAUUUAGACCCGCCGGCUUGUCAGAUGAAGAUACAGAUAAUGAUGAUUAUGGAUUUUAUGAAAAGCCUAAACGUUGGUAUCACCAUACACAACAAAAUCAAAGAAAGACUGUAGAAGUUAAGUUGCAAGAUGCUAUCAUUAAUGGUGAUCUAAAAGCAGUUGAAAUGAUUGUCAAUAAUGAUCUAAACAAUAAUGUUAAUUUGAAACUGGAUAGUGGAUGGACACCACUGAUGCAUGCAUGUUUCCACGCACAAGAUAUAAUUGUUGAAUUUUUACUGGACAAGGGUGCAGAUCCUAAUUUACAUGCAGAUUCUGUGACUCCAAUAAUGGCUACGUGUUCAAACAGCAGUGCCAAUAAUGAUGCAAUUUUUAGUAUUAUUACAAACUUAUUAGAUAGAAAUUGUAUUUUAAAUAUUGGAGAUAAAUAUGGUCAAACUCCAUUCAUGCGAGCAAUCAGUAGUGGCCGUGUUGCUGUUGUAGAGAAACUAUUGGAAAGUGAUGUAAAUAUUGAAAUGAGAGAUCAACAAGGUUGGACGGCACUGUUUUGGGCAGUUCACUACAAUCAACCAGAAAUCUUAGAAAUGCUCAUUGCUCAUGGUGCAAGACUGAAUGAAGUAGACAGAUCCAACCGAACACCUUUUGAAAUUGCUACGUCACAGGAUUACCAGAAUAUAAUUGAAAUUUUGAACAAACAUUUGAAAAUAGAUGAUACAGAUGAGACAAAUAAAAUUAUAUACUUAAACCAACUUUGGUCUUGGCAUGACUAUUACCCAGGUGUAAUAACGAGAGAAAAACUGGAUUAUAGAAAUGAAAUCCCCCAUUUACUCUAUGGCAUGAACUGCGAGCGCCUUGUGUCCGUCAUUGAGAACAGCAGAAUAGAUCUUAAAACAUUUUUGCUUUUAGAGGAAAAUGAUAUGAUAAAAUUGGGCAUUGAUAUGCCAUAUGAAAGACAAAGAUUAAAAUAUGGAUUGCGUGUAUUUCAUUUGAAGGGCUGGAAAUUGGAUGCAGUGGCAGGAUUGUAUGCCCGAAAAGUUGGCAAUUAUAGUGUUCUUGAUUGCCUUACAACUUUGGGUACCCAUCUACAACAAAUAUAUGUUCUGGAAGCAAGCCUACAAUACACUGUACGUGAAUAUACUAAAAUUAAAAAUCUAAUAAAAUCUGAACCACCCGAUUCACCCUUGAUUAUAAAAAUGAAAACUACAGCCAAAAAAAUGGUGACCAAUAUUAACAGUAUUAGAAGAGAAAUUAAAAAUAUGAAAACCAUUCUCAAUAAGAUAAACAAAAGCAAUCCAGAACCGACCGAUGUAAUUCGAGAAAAAUCAACUCAAGAAGUAGUCAUGGGUUACAUCACAGACGCGCUAGCAGUUUGCACACUAAUUAUGAUUGUGUACCAUGCCAGAAGUUGUUUCUCUAAAAUACUAAACAAAUAAAAAUGAUAUUAUUACAUUUGAUAUUUAAAAGAAAGAAAUACUUUAUUUAAGUAAACUUUGAUUUAAGCAUUUUUAAA